ACAACAAAGAAAGAGCAGAAACCAACCGCCGCUAUGUCGUCCUCCAACGACGCCCCCGUCAGCCCUCGAUCCCAGCUCGCUCUGAGCUGCUUCGAGGAGCUCCUCGACCUCGCGGUGGCGGACGUCGCGUCGGAGUGCCACCGCAUCGCGCGCCUCGGCCUGGACCGCAGCGUCGACGCCGAGGAGGAGGAGCUCCGCGCCUGGGCCGCGCGCGCCGCCGCCGACCACCCCGGCGCCGAGGACGGAGGCGCCACCCGCGGGACCGGGGGAGGAGGGGGGAACAAGGGCGCGCCCGACGUGUUCGGCCAGACGCACCCCGCCAUCGCCGCCGAUGUCGUCGACUGCAUGAACUGCGGCCGCCCCGUCGUCGCCGGCCGCUUCGCCCCGCACCUCGAGAAGUGCAUGGGCAAGGGUCGCAAAGCUCGUCCAAAGACCACGAGGAGCAGUACAGCCGGACGAAACAGAAGUAGUAAUGUGGUGCUGCAGGGGAGGAGCACAGUAACCAUACAUUCCAGGAGUCCUGACAGCAGCGCUAUGCUACUGCCAUGUUUUCGGUGCUUGAACUCCAUAUGAAGGCUGGAACACAUAGCGUUGUUUAAUGUGGUUUGCAUGGUACUAUCUGUUACAUUGAGUCCCCUAUAUGUAUAUUAAGGCAUAGAUUGGAUUUUCCGUUUUGCUGUCUAGCUUUCCUCCCAGUAAUACAGUUCGAUCCAGCAAGUCCUUUGUUCUA